AUGACAUCUUCCCAAUUUGAUCCAAAGCAGCCUGUCCAAUUGGCGCCUCCAAAAGAUGACAAGAUUCCACGUUUGGAACUUUUGCAAUACGACGGUGUUAAAUCUGACUUGAUUUAUGUGGGGAUUAAGGGAACCGUUUUCGACGUGACAAAUAACAUCAAAGCCUAUGGACCAGGCACCUCGUAUCAUAUUUUCACUGGCAAGGACAGUUCUCGUGGCUUGGCCAAAUCUUCGUUGAAGCCAGAAGACAAUUCAUUUGAAAACUCGUAUGUCAUUGACGAUCUCACCCCAAGUGAGCUCAAAGUUUUGGAAGAUUGGUUCACUUUCUUCAGCAAGAGAUACAAUAUUGUUGGUAAGGUGGUAGAUUAA